AUGGAUAUGGAUUUCAAUGGUGACGUGGCGAGUCUCGAUGUUGAAAUGCUGCAGCUACCGGAGGUGUCUCCUUUGGCUAUUAAAGCCAACCCUCAUGUGUCCGAGAAGCUUUUUGAUCAGUGGCUUUCGCUUCCCGAUACCGUAUCUCUGGUAAAAUCUUUGCUCGGUAGUGCUAAGGCAGGUGGCCCCUUGAAUGUCUCUGGGACAUCAUCUGGUACAAAUGCUGUGGCAAGCAACACAUUACCUUCAAUGUUUCCUGCUGGCAGUACUCCUCCACUUUCACCCAGAAGCUCAGCGGGUUCACCUCGGGUAAUGAAACAGAGAGCAGGCCCAUCUGCUUUAGGAUCUCCCCUGAAAUUAGUGAACGAGCCUGUGAAAGAGCUUAUACCUCAGUUCUAUUUUCAAAAUGGUUGUCCUCCACCGAGUGAAUUAAAAGAACGGUGCUUGUUUAGAAUCAAUCAGUUUUUUUAUGGUCACAUGGACGGACUCCAAAUGAACGAAUUUAAACCAGUUACCAAGGAAAUAUGCAAGCUUCCAUCAUUUUUCUCCACCGUGCUUUUUAGAAAGAUUGACUCUGAUGGCACUGGAGUUGUAACCAGAUCGGGCAACGGUCGUCUUACCCUCAGGGAGCUAAGACGUUCAAACUUAAUAGCUGCAAUGCAACAUGCUGAUGAAGAAGAGGAUAUUAACAAAGUCUUGCGGUACUUCUCUUAUGAACAUUUUUAUGUGAUAUAUUGCAAGUUUUGGGAGCUGGAUACAGAUCAUGAUUUUCUGAUUGAUAAAGAGAACCUUAUUAGAUAUGGUAAUCAUGCACUCACCUACAGGAUUGUUGAUAGAAUAUUCUCUCAGAUUCCAAGAAAGUUUACCAGUAAGGUUGAAGGAAAGAUGGGAUAUGAAGAUUUUGUUCACUUCAUAUUGUCAGAAGAGGACAAGUCAUCAGAGCCUAGUCUUGAGUACUGGUUCAAGUGCAUAGAUUUGGAUGGGAAUGGAAUUAUUACAAGGAAUGAAAUGCAGUUCUUUUACGAGGAGCAGUUACAUAGAAUGGAAUGCAUGGCCCAAGAGCCUGUGCUUUUUGAGGAUAUUUUAUGCCAGAUGGUUGACAUGAUUUGUCCGAAGGAUGAGAGCUAUUUUACACUGCAGGACUUAAAGGGCAGUAAGCUCUCGGGCAGUGUUUUUAACAUCCUUUUUAACCUCAAUAAGUUCAUGGCUUUUGAAACUCGUGAUCCAUUUCUAAUCCGUCAGGAGCGUGAGAACCCAAAUUUGACCGAAUGGGACCGCUUUGCGCACAGGGAAUAUAUUAGGCUAUCGAUGGAAGAAGAUGCAGAAGAUGCCUCUAAUGGAAGUGCAGACGUCUGGGAUGAAUCACUUGAGGCUCCCUUUUAA